UUUAUUUAUAUUUGCAUUUCUUUUUAUUUUGAUUUCAUUCCAAAUGGGAUCCAGGUAAAAUUAUCCCAGCAAAAUGUUGUUAAAGAAGCAUAUACAAGCAAUAUAUAGCAACAAUGCUUCAGAUAACCACAGAUAUUUCUUUGUAAGUUUAAUCGUGCUGCUAGCAUGGAUAGGCUAUUUGCAAUGGUGUGUGAUAAACCUUUCAGAUAGGCUCCAGCAACUGAAAAUCCAGGAUAAAGUGCAACCAGUGUAUGAAGUAGUCUUGAAUCACAAUAACAACAUUGCAGAAAAUACAAGUAGAUCUGUGGGAAUACAGCAACAGAAUAUAACUCAAGCAAAACCACAUAUGAGAUUCCGACGAAAUAAGAAAAAAAGAAACACAUGGCGAGAAAUACAAAACUAUAUAGAUGAACAGCUUUUUAGAGAAAUGAUAUACAUACGUGGAAAAAACCAGCCAGGAAAUAAUGGGCUCUUUAGAUGGGACCCUUCAUCUAUUGGAACUCAGAGUAAAAUAGCAUACAACGAAAACGGAACUCUUACCUUUCAGACAAGUGGGAUUUUUCUGAUUAUGUCACAGAUCGUUGUUAGAGGACAAAGCGAAUUCCAAAACUUAGUUUAUGGCUAUGAAACAAAACUCAUCAAAAGUACAGGAACUGAAGAAAUUCUGAUGUCUAGCUAUAUCACACAGGAAAACAGAGGCAACAUCAUUGUCCUACUACAUUCAGAAAAAUAUGCUGAGGAUACCCUCUCACAUUCUGUUAUACAUCAUAUCAGCACAAAUGACCAAAUUGGAAUUGCAAAAUCACCACACAACUCUAAGGUAAAUUAUACACAAAAUCAGAAGGCAGCUUACCUUAGUAUUGUUCAAUUGGAUACUGAUUAUUAAUUCCUUAACCAUACACAAAUAAGCAAAAUACACAUACACGAACAAGCACCCACAUCCAUCACACACACACACACAUAUGUAUACAUAUGUGUAUGUGUG